AUGUGUAAAGUCUCGGUCUUGUUCAAACGAGAACCAAUUCCCUUUAUGGCCAUGUGUGGUGAUACACCUUACUUCAUUCCAUGGAAACGAGUCGAGUUGUUGUCUCAUUUCACUUUUCCAGACACCCUCAUCUGUUUAUACGAUGAGUGCUGCAGCAGUACACUGCGGAAAGAAAAAUGUGUUGCCGAAUUUGUUGAAUCUGUGAAACCCGUGGUAACACAAGCUAAGGAGUUGCGACUAUGUCGUGAUGAUUUCGAGCUUUUGAAGGUGAUUGGAAAGGGUGCCUUCGGCGAAGUAGCCGUCGUCAGAAUGCGGGGUGUCGGAGAGAUCUAUGCCAUGAAGAUUCUUAACAAAUGGGAGAUGUUGAAACGAGCAGAAACGGCAUGUUUUCGAGAAGAACGGGACGUGCUCGUCUAUGGUGACCGACGUUGGAUAACCAGCUUGCAUUUUGCAUUUCAAGACGAGAAAAAUCUGUAUUUCGUCAUGGAUUACUACGUUGGUGGAGAUAUGUUGACGCUCUUGUCGAAGUUUGAAGAUCGCAUUCCUGAGACCAUGGCGCGGUUUUAUAUCGCUGAAAUGGUGCUCGCGAUUGAUUCAAUUCACAAUUUGGGUUAUGUCCAUCGUGAUGUGAAACCAGACAAUGUUCUCCUGGAUAUACAUGGACACAUACGGUUGGCAGAUUUUGGCAGCUGUCUUCGGCUCCUUCCUGACGGAACUGUCGCCUCCAAUGUUGCGGUAGGAACACCAGAUUAUAUAUCACCAGAGAUUCUGCGCGCAAUGGAGGAUGGCAAAGGGCAUUACGGAAAGGAAUGCGAUUGGUGGUCGCUCGGCAUUUGCAUGUAUGAAAUGCUUUAUGGCAACACCCCUUUCUACUCCGAGCGGCUGAUCGAUACAUACGGGAAGAUUAUGAGUCAUCAGGAUAUGCUCGACUUCCCAGAUGAGGAUGUUGACUGGACAAUUUCAGAAGAAGCAAAAGAUUUAAUACGACGGUUAAUUUGUCCAAGAGAGGUGCGAUUGGGUAAAGGUGGUUUUGCUGAUUUCCGCGACCAUCCAUUCUUCGCCGGUGUGGACUGGGAUACGAUCAGAGAUUGUGAGAUUUUCAACAGUUCUACAACUGAUAUAUUUGAAGUCCCUACAGACACGUCUAACUUUGAUGUGGAUAUUUGUGAGGACGACUUCACCCCAUGCGAAACUCAACCACCUCGUGUCACUGCCGCGUUUACGGGUCAUCAUCUUCCAUUCAUCGGCUUUACGUAUACGCACGGAAGUUUGCUAUCUGAUGCGAAGUCUCUGGGAGAGUGCUUGUCGCGCGAAUCGCAAACAGCCGGAGCUGAGGCCUACGAGAAGCGAUUAAGAGAGCUUGAAGUCGAAAAGCAUGAUUUGGCGAGAAAAUGUCAAGAAGCCAAUCAGCUUGUCCAGUCAUUUGCCGGAGAGUCAAGAUCUGACGAAGAAAAGAACUACGAGCAGACGAUAGCUCAGCUUCGCGAUGAGAUUCAGAUUUUAAAGACGCGGCUUGCUGAUGAAGCAGCUUCAAAAGAACGCGCUGCGACGGCGAAAGAGCCCGACGUCGAAGAUUUGGAGAAGAAAGUCCGCGAAUUGAAAGAAAAGAAUCGGCAGCUGAUCUUGGAGAAAACCGAGCUGCAGAGGGUGAGCGACUCGCUGAUGGCUUCUGGCCAUUUCGCAGACUUCGACUCAGCAGAUUGUGGCAGGGGACAGAUCAUUGAGCGCACCAUAUCUCGAGGUGCUCGCAGCAAAUUGGAAGAGGAGCGUGCUCAAUUCGCCCUGCAGCAAGAACAGAACUCGAAGAAUGUGGAGAUGCAGUACGAUCGUCUCCAGAAGGCAUUCGAGGAGCAAAUUGCUACGCUGAAAAUAGAAAAUGAAUCACUGAGGACGGAGUUGAAUCAAAUGGCUCGUCCUGGAAUCAACGAGCAGCAGCUGCAUGAGAUUCUGAACUGGGUGAAUGAAGAAAAGGCUACGAGAGAGGAAAUGGAGGUGCGUCUCUCUGCUAACUUAUUCGAUAUUAAUGAUCAUUUUCCUUUGGCCUCAGUGUUGUCUUGUACUGAUCAUAACACACUUCAGAUUCUCGACGCAAAGAAGGCUUUGAACGCAGAGAUCAGAGCGAAGUGCGAACUUCAAGAGGAGUUGAGCAAAACGCGGUCAGCGUUGUUUGCGUCGAAGGCUCGUUUGGACGAAUGCGAAGAACGGGUGAUUCAGUCGUUGAAUAAUGCUUUGAAUGGGCGUGGUCAUCAGUUCCAGCAUGUUCAUUUGAAUGCGCCAACGAAAUGUGGCCAUUGCACAUCGAUAUUGGUGGGGUUAGAUCGCCAAGGUUUAUACUGCCAGACAUGUCACUACGCAUGCCAUGUUCACUGCUCGUCUCGGGUUGUUCCACAAUGCCCUGUACCACCAGAUGCUCGUCGACCUCUUGGGAUCGACCCGCUCAAGGGUGUUGGGACCGCUUACGAGGGAUUGGUGAAAACACCACGUGCCGGUGGUGUGAAAAAGGGAUGGCAGCACACAUAUGUAGUUGUUUGCGAUUUCAAGCUCUACCUGUAUGAUUGUGUUACUGAUAGGCAGAAUAAGGCGAAUGAAAUCCAACCGGUUCUCGAUAUGAGGGAUCCUGACUUCGGUGUGACUGGCGUCAACGAGCAAGAUGUUAUACAUGCUAACAAAAACGAUUUGGCCAAAAUAUUCCGAAUUACGACAAGUCAAAUUCAAGGGUCAUCCAUAACAGACGAAGGUGUCGUGACGAGGCAGUAUACGCUGCUAAUGGCUGAUAGUCAAGAGGAAAGAAAGAAGUGGGUUAUAGCUUUGAAUGAGCUCAAAACUCUGCUGAAAAGAUCUCGGUUGGCUGACAGGAGCGCAUUUACCAUAAAGGAAGUGUUCGACGUUACCAGUUUGCCAUCAAUACGAGUGGCGCAAUGUGCAGUAGUUAUUGAUCGAACGAAAGUGGUGAUCGGGUUUGCAGAUGUCGGCAUGUAUUGCGUGGAGCUGGAUCGUGAGACACUUGUUGCUGUUGGUGGCGAGAAAGAAAAUAAAGGUCGUUUCAUCGAAAAAGUGGAAUUCAGUGCAUCUGAGCAACUGCUCUUGGUCAUGGUUGGUCCCCCAAAGGAAAGACACGUUCGGCUGGUACCGUCGGCUGCGCUAGAUGGACGUGACUUGAAGUGGAUCAAGAUCGCCGAAACAAAAGGUUGUCACCUUAUGGCUAUGGGAGCUGGCUCGAUGGGCGUUGGUUCAGCUGGAAACGUACACUAUAUCGCGGUUGCAAUCAAGAAGAGCGUGAUUGUAUAUCAGAUCGACAGAAGUGAAAAGAGGCACAAAAAAUGGAAGGAGUUAGCUAUGCCUGGUUUCCCUCAGUCGCUGGCGAUUGAAGGAGGCCGAUUAGUCGUUGGCUUUACGCACUCGUUCCGUGCUUGGGCCUUGGGAGAUCAAAGCAACACGAAACAUAUCUGUAAGUUCAGAGUACUCAUCUUUUCUUUGGUGAAUAUGGAAGAUCAAUCUCUGCAGUUCCUUAGUCAAUCGAACUACGAGGCGCAACUCAUGAUCGAGGUACCCUUGUCGAGAGAGUAUCUGUUAGUGUUCGAUAAGAUUGGACUCUACGUCGAUGCCCAAGUCAUGGAAAAGUGUUUAAUGGGUGAAUAUUACAGGUCUGCUAUGCCUCUUACGUCAAAUGGGCUGCUCUCAUUGUGCGUGGUGAACGAUGCGCCGUUCGUUGUCAUGCUGUGUGACGUACUUUCUGAUGAAGAUUCGUUAUAUGUACCUCAUUCAACGGCAAGCAAUUCAUCAACUUCGCUUCCAAAAAGGAAACAAGGCAAACGGAAAUUUUCCGUUCGUAUACCAGGGAAGGAUGAAUCACCCGGCGAUAGGCGAAGCAAUCUUCCCAUAUCAGGCCCUAGCGAUUUUAUGCAUAUUGUGCAUAUGGGACCGGGUUCGGUUCAUGAACUGCAGAGCUUUAUUGAUUUACAACCCCAAGGAGCACAUAAUCAUUCGGCAGGAGAACGGGUAUGUCACGCUUUUCAUUGUUUGGUGUAG